AAAAAAUAUUACUUGUUGAUGCAAAAUGACCGGAUGCUGUAAGAUGGCCGAUUUCCAUGAAGACAUUAUUUAUUCAUUCAUCCAUUACUUUGAUUUAUCUAUCCAUCUAUUUACCUAUCUAUUUAUUUGUUUAUGUAUUUCUUUUUGUUGUUGAGUUAGGUUUGUUUUUUUGUUGUUUGUGUUUCAGUGCUUGGCUUCUUUCAUUGAUAAUGUAAGCUGAUCUACUGCGUGUCGGUGCCGUUUCCAGAGCUGCCCUAGUCGGAUGACUUUCCAAGUUCUCAUGAGUCUGUUGAGGAUCUCUGGAGCUACCCUGGUGAUCACGUCAACCAUAGAGGCUAACACAGGCAACAGAUUGUCAGUGGACUAGACGCAGCUGCCAAGCUCAGUCACAAGCGCAGUGGUGUCAGCCCCCCUCCCCCUGCACAGUUGGUGGCUAACAGAUAGCGUGGCUACGUGACAGCGGCUAACAUUUAGCCUGCUAGCGAGCGGAGGUUUGAGGGAGGAGAUACAGGUCACUGUUUCCAGGCGAGUGCCCGCACAGCCGGCGUGAAUGGCACACGCUAGCCUUAACCGAGAGUCUGGAUGGGAGAGGGCGUGAGCAUGGACAAUCUUAGCGAGUUUGGUAGCCUGUGUCCGUCAAGCCGGCGGGAAUGGGACACCAGCAGCUGCGUGGACGAUCUUAUGGAUGAAGAUGAGAAAGACAGAGCAAAAAGGGCGUCCCGUAACAAGUCGGAGAAGAAGCGCAGAGACCAGUUCAAUGUGCUCAUCAAGGAGCUGUGCACUAUGCUGCAGGGCCAGGGCCAUCCCCGCAAGAUGGACAAAUCCACCAUCCUGCAGAGGACCAUCGACUUCCUCCAGAAACAGAAAGAGAUCACUGCUCAAACAGAUUCAUGUGAAAUCAGACAAGACUGGAAGCCUUCAUUUCUCAGCAAUGAAGAAUUCACUCAGUUGAUGCUGGAGGCUUUAGAUGGUUUCCUCAUCGCACUCACCACAGAUGGAAACAUCAUUUACGUGUCUGAUAGUGUCUCUUCUUUAAUUGGCCAUUUACCGUCAGAUAUGGUGGACCAAAACAUUCUGAACUUCCUGCCGGAGCGGGAGCAUGCGGAGGUCUACAAGCUGCUCUCCUCGCACAUGCUCAUGACAGACCCCAUCGCUGCAGACUUCCUCGAUGGUGAAACACACAUCGAGUUCUGCUGUCACUUAGCCAGGGGUAAUAUUGACCCCAAGGAGCCUCCGACCUAUGAGUAUGUCAAAUUCGUUGGAGAUUUCAAGUUUCAUAACAAUGUGCCUACGUCGUCGUGUAACGGCUUCGAGCUGACGUUCCCCAGGACCCUGCAGUCCACCCUGGAGGACCAGGUCUGCCUUGUGGCCACAGUGCGCCUCGUCACCCCACAAUUCCUCAAGGACCUGUGUAAGGUCGAAGACCCGUGCGAUGAGUUCACCUCCAGACACAGCCUGGAGUGGAAGUUCCUUUUUUUAGACCACAGAGCCUCUCCUAUCAUAGGCUAUCUGCCAUUCGAGGUCCUGGGCACCUCCGGCUAUGAUUACUAUCAUGUGGAUGACCUGGAGCUCAUAGCAGAAUGUCAUAAACAAUUGAUGCAGUUUGGGAAAGGGAAAUCGUGUUACUACCGAUUCUUGACAAAAGGCCAGCAGUGGAUCUGGCUCCAAACACACUACUACAUCACCUACCACCAGUGGAACUCCAAACCAGAGUUUAUUGUCUGCACACACACUGUAGUCAGCUAUGCUGAAGUACGAGCAGAGAGGAGGAGAGAGUUUGGACUCGAAGAGAGUUCCACUGAAUUGGCUGCCUCUUCUAUGAAGGGGCAGGAGGUCUUCGUGUGUCCCCCUAUAGAUCCUCAGGCAGACCGAUCUGCAGUCAGUGGGGCUCGCUCCGUGUCCUCACACAGCUCUCGCAAGUCAUCACACACGGCACUGUCUGACUCAGCCUCAAACUCUUCAGUUAGAUACACAGAUGUCUGCACUUCAUCACGCCAGUCAGCCUCCAUUGGGCCAGAGAAGAGCUCCAGCAGAAUGCCACAGAGUGGCUCAAAGACGCUGAUCCAGAGGCGGAGCUCCUCAGAACCCGUCCCCCUUUCACCCUCCUGCAGCCAGCACUCCGUCAUGCAGUCCCUGUACCCAUUCCAGCCGCCGCAGCUGGGGGUGAUGCACCAGCUGAAGGAGCAGCUGGAGGAGAGGACGCGCAUCCUGCAGGCCGACAUCAAGACCCAGCAGCAGGAGCUGCACGACAUUAAAGAGAAGCUCCAGCUGGCCAACCUACAGAUGUUGUUACAGCAACCACUCCAAAAUGACUUCCCCUCCCCACCGCCACAGCAGCAGGGCCCGGGUCGGCCGUCUCCGCACGGCCAGUCGGGUGUGAUCAGGCAGGCCAGCGGACACCCCAAACCCCCCGUCUGUGGACCCCACAACUCCGCCCCCCAACACGUGCUACUCAGAGAUGCACCGAGCAGCUCCUCCCCACAGCAGCAGCAGCAGCAGCAGCAGAGGCUAGGGCGUGGUGGUCCUAUGCAGACAGUGAGCCUGCCCGUGCAGACCCACGCCAGCUUGACCAUGCCCUUCUACAGCAACCCCAUGCUCUUCUCCCACACCAGCUCCAGGGCCCUGCAGGAGCCCAGCCAAAGACACACGGCCACCGCCGACUAUGGCCAGGAGGGACAGCUCCGGAUGCUGCUCAACCAGCCCAUGCAGGCUCUCGUGCAGGACGGCGCUGGAAGCGCCCAGGCCUCACAGUCCAUCCAGCAAACCAAAUACUCCCUGGAUCAGCAGAUGAUGCAGCCCUCGUUCCCGGUGCAGCAGGUGAACUGUAACGCCGUGCUGGUGCCCUCGCCAUGCCCGUUCUUCACUUCGCCCAUCAUGAUCCCCCACAACACCUUCAUCACCCACCAGGCCCAGCCCGCCUACCAUCCUCACCCUCAUCAGCAGCAGCAGCAGCAACAGCAGCAGCAACCGCAACAACAGCACUUCUUUCAGAUGCAGCCCCAAGGUCUCUUACACAGUGGCCAAGCUCAGGCCUUCUUCCACACCACUAACGUCCCACAACAAGGUGCCGUGAGCUACAUCCAGCAACAGCCACAGCAACAGCAGCAGCAGCAGCAGCAACAACAACAACAACAACAACAACACCAUUCCCAGACUCAAGCAGGCAGCCUAUCAGACUUCAGGAACUUGCUCCAGAGGUAGCCACGCCUCCUGGGGAAGGAGGGGCUUAAGACUGCAUGGAGCACUCAGCCAGGAGUGAGGGGUGAAGGGUGAAGGAAUGCUGGCAAAACAAAAACAAAACAAACUAAAUGAGUCGAGAAGACGUGUUGGACUCUACUCCGUAGAGGAUAAAGACAAACGUGCUGUCCCUUACAACAAACCGAUGUCAUGAGGAAGCCAAAGUCCAGUUGUUUCCACGGUGUUGCCCUGUGACCUGAGAGACUCAUCCCCUGGAUGCCCUUUUGCCCUGUGUUGUCAAGGA